CGCGGCGGUGGGGGUGGGGGGGGUGGGGUGGGGGGCAGAAGCGAUGGGCGACAAUUUAGUUGCGUCCUCCUCCGCCCAGCUUGUGGCGACGGUGCGUCACGAAAACAUACAGCUGCAGAAGCAGUUGGCGGAGGCCUGUCACGAAAACCGCACGCUGCGGAAGCAGCUGUACCACCUGAGCGCCCUCCUCGACAUCGCGGUCAGCAAACUGGCAUCGAAGGGCAUUACCCUUGAGACCCCAGUGGGCAUUCGCGAGCUGCGCGAGGCCGUCUCGCGCCGCGACUUUGUCGACACAACCGCGGGUGUCAUGGACGCCAACGAUCUGGGCUAUGAAACCGCAACGACGAAGAGCUCCUCCAACCGCCGCUUUCAACUUCGCCGGGAGCUGCGGGAGCAUACGAAGCCUGUGCAGUGUGCGGCCUUUGCCCCCGGCGAGCGACCCAUCCUUGCCACGGGUGGGCUUGACUGCCACUUGAUGCUGCACAAUUUUUUGACAGGAGAGAGGUUGUGCGACGUCAAGGGGCACGAGCAAAACGUCGCAGAUGUGGCAUGGUUUGAGGGAAGUGGCAAUCUCCUGUCGGCCUCGUUUGACGGCACUGUGAAGGUCUGGGACGCGCGUCAAGGAAGCAGCUCCCUGUCUCGCGUCUAUGAAUUUACGACGACUGGAUUUGUCUUGGCGGCGGUCCCGCUGGACAAGGCUUUUGUGUUUGCAUGCACCGAUUCAAAGAAACGCACCUCUAUAGUAGACUUGCGGGUGCAGAAGCCCAUUUCGUGGGAGCACGAGGUGCGCGCCAAUGCGUUGACCUUUAGCAGUUUCAAAACAAAUCUAAUUACCGGCCACAACGAUGGGACGAUGGCAGUGUGGGAUCUUCGUAAGAUUGGCCUCGCUCUCUCUUCGACCUCUUCGAUGGAAGGAGAGCCAACGGCGAGCGAUGCGCCAGCAACUUCCUCCGCGGCGUUUGAAGCGUCUCCCACCGUGUCCGUCCCACCUAUUACUGUGAUUGAAAACGAGCCGUCGCGGAGUGCCAUUACUUAUCUGGGCUACUAUCAUAACAGGGAUGACUCUAAGCGACUCGUUGUGGUGUCCGCUGACAACAUGGUACGUUUGUACCGGCAGGCGGCUCUAAGCACCUCCUCUAGUGGCGCCAUUUCACUUCGAAAUAUUGUCGGAGGAGUGCCAACCCGCGGGUUUACGGUGCGUGCGGCAUUUUGGAAGGGUGUGAAGAAGAAGACGAACGUCUCUGCCUUUUUCGACGACGGUGAGCGGGAAAAUGAUCCACAGUCACGUCGUUUGACGGAAUGCGAUCUCGUGGUGACGCCCGGGGCAGAGAACACGGCAUGCGUCUACGACGUGACGGAAGAGGGCAAUACCGUGCUUCUAGAGAAACUUGAGGGUCAUCGGGGACGCGUUGUCGGCGCCGCGGCUCACCAUGGGGACACUCGGCCCAUCAUUGCCACCUACAGCGCUGAUAAUACCGUGAAGAUGUGGGUCCCGGUGAAGACCUAG